AUGGCCACCUCGCAGGCUCUUCCUCCCCUUCCACCCCCAAAAUGGGUCGUCGACCUCAACUCCCCGUUACCGCGUCCGUCAGUCUCGACCUCUAGCAUCCCCGACCCGCCCGGCUUCUCGCGCAAGGCUGGUAAAGGCCGCUCAGAAAAGUCCUCCGCCCCCUCCGCCCCAUCCAAGCCCGCCGAGACCGAUACGCUGAAGCUCAAGAAGGCCUGGGAAAUCGCCCUUGCGCCGUCGAAGCAGAUUCCCAUGAACGCAAUCAUGAUGUACAUGUCCGGAAAUAGUCUACAGAUCUUCAGCAUCAUGAUGGUCUUCAUGCUGUUCAAGGGCCCGAUCCAGGGCCUGAUCAACACCAAUAAUGUGUUUGCCAAGUUCGAGUCGGAGACCUUGCGGGGCAAGCUGCUCGGUGUGAAGGCUAUGUACGUCCUAAUGCAGUUUGUGCUGCUGGGGCUGGGGGUGUGGAAGGUUAACGCUAUGGGUCUUUUGCCGUAUGACUACGAGGUCGGAUUGGCUGGCUUGGGAAUCGGAACGGCAACCUUUGGAAACAGUUCGCUUUGCUUUUGGCUGAAGCUUCGAUGUAUUGCUCGACGCGCAGAGUAUCUGGGGCGGAUGAUUUACGUAAACAAGAACAUUGAGUGCGCAAUUCGCUUCUAA